UCUCACUCUCUUGGGGUCAAUGCUUUUUAGCUCUCAUCGCUUGUUCGUGCAAUGGCGGAAACAGAAGAGCUACCGGAAGAGAUUAUAGUGAAUAUCCUUACUUGGUUGCCCCUCAAGUCCUUAAUCCGAUUCACCUCCGUUUCCAAACGCCUGCAUUCCAUUAUAUUGUCCGAUCCCAAAUUCGCCCAAUCCCAACUCAAAGCAGCUCGUCAGCAGAAAACCCUCAGCCGCAGACUUCUCGUCUCCACCGACUACUUUCCCUACAACUGUGGACCUCAAUUCGAAUCCCUACGCUUAGAUCAUACGUCGUCGUUUGGAGACCCUUCCUCCGUUACAAAGCUCAGUCUCCCUUUCCCACCACCACGGUUCUGUCAUAUCAAGCUACUGGGUUCCUGCAAUGGUCUGGUAUUUCUUGUAAUUUUUUCUUUUGGUGAGAAACUGUUUUACAUCUGGAACCCAGCCAUUGGAUUGUUCAAGCAAUUACCUGACCCAGGUUUUCCAUGUACUGGAAGUUUGCCACCAGUGACCGCAAGUUUUUAUGGUGUGGGCUACUUGUCGGCCACUGAUGACUACAAAGUUUUGGCAGCCUGCAGGGAUGGCUUUCAUGAAACGGAGAAAGAGGUCCGGAUAUUCUCAGUGAGAACUCAUCUUUGGGAGAGCAUUGAAUCCCUCAGCGAUGUUAGACUCGGUAGUCGAGGGACUCUUUCGAAUAAUGCACUUCAUUGGCUAAAUCACCAGAACGAGCAUGAAAUGGUCUCUUUUGACUUGGCUGUGCAGGAGUUCCGGAGAAUGGCACUGCCUACUUUCGACCAUGAUGGUGAGAGUUUGAGCCGUCUUGGGGUUUAUGGAGGGUGCCUGUGUGUGUCGCGUAUUCCGGAGGGUGCUUGUGACUCUAUUGAUCUCUGGGUCAUGAAAGAAUAUGACGUGUGUGACUCGUGGUCUAUGCUCUUUAGCUUAAAGCUCUCCCACCCGCUUGAGUUGCACUGUUUUCACUCAUAUAUUGCAGAGUUCUUGAUUGUGGAGAGUAGUACAGUUGCCGCGAGUGUAUCUGGCCCCGGGAUCACGUUGAUAAAUAUUGAUCAUAAUGGAGACGAUAAGCUUGGCCAGUAUAUGGUUGAAGGUCAUGUGAUUUCUAUGAUUGAAUAUGAAGAGAGUCUACUUUGGAUUGGUGGUUAUCAUCCAGUUGAAGAGAAAGAGCAGGUCCAGAUACUCGAAAUCCAUCAGAAGGCCUCACAAAGCUGAAGUCUUUGUAUUCAAACGAUAGACGGAUGAUUUUGCAACUGUCAGUUCAUAUGAGCGACUAAAACUGCAGGUUGUUUACUCCUCACUAUGGCUUUGCUUUCAUGCAUCUGAAAAUUAUAUUUUUGUUUGCUUUUCAGUCACAUCCUGUUCUUGAUCAAUGAAACUUUUCAAUUCCUUUGAAACUGAAACACCAUUGUAACCCAGUUGAGCGUGUUGUACCUUUUUCUUAUGACAUGCUUGACUGGUUUUGUGUGGCCAGGGUAUUCUUCAGAAAUUUUUCGAAUUACUCUGUUUUAUAGGGUGCAACAGUCAGUCUUCUGUUUAUGAGGCCUUGGUUUUAUGAGAGGUUGCUAGAGACUAAAGAGCUGGCUUCUUAAUAGAUGUAUUUACAAUAGUUAGUGGCAACUCUGAAGGCAUUAAAGACGUAGACUUCACGAGCUGUUUGAUGCUAUAUCAAAUAUAGAUAGAAACUAAAUGAUUAAUUGGUGAAUAGUCGCUCUGUUGGGCAUCCAAGUGCUGGUUUUUAACUUCUUUUUCAUGGUCUCAUGCCUCUAAACUUCAAAUUUGUUUCAUUUUCAGCUUUGGGCUUGACUUAUUUUUUGGAAGAUGCAUGAUCAGUUGGUUCUUGGGAAGUACUAUAAAUUCUUCACUAGUCUUAAAAAAAUCAGUUUUAGGGAUAAAUUUGAUGCCUUUGUUGAUGAGGCUACUUGGGAUAGUCUAGACUCUAGAUAGUUGAUGUAUGCAAGUCACUCGAGAUAUGAUGCAAUUUUAUGUUAGCUUCUCACUCUUCCUGCAUGGUGAUUGACUUGUUGGUUUUCAUAGAUUCUUUAACAGUGGAUUGAAUGUGUUC